CGCAAAAAAAAAAAAAAAAAAAAACGCUCCAGAAAUCUCAUUCGGGGCGCAUUACAGAGCAAGAUGGCGCUCUUGCUGUCAGCACCUCGGACAGCACCGGCGGCUCGCGCGCAAACCCCGCUCCUCGUUUAACUUCUAAUUGAUUUCUAUCAAUUUAGGCGGCAUCCACGUGACAAACCCCUGCGGGUCGGAGCUGUGGGGUGGUGGGAGAACUUCCAGGUGAAGCUGUGGGGGAGGAGCGAGCAGCUGCUGUCAAACUGGACUCCUCGUCUUCAUCCGAACCAAGUUACUCGGGAGAAGAACAGAAAAGCGGGGAGGAUUCAGAUCAGCUGGUUUAAAUAGACAUUUUUUUGGUUGGGGGAGAAGAGGAGGAGGUGGGUGGGAGAGAUGAGGCGACGUGUUGCGGAGUCACGGCGGAGCCACGGCAGAAAUGAAGCUCUGAUCUCCCGGUUUCCCGUCCUCUGAGUCCCGCAGUGUUUCUUCCUGGUUCUGCAGCUCCAGCUGGGAAGAUGCUGGCGCUCCUGGCCGCGAUGUGCUCGGCGCUGUUCGUCCCCGGCUGCGCCCUCAGCUCACAUUUCAACCCAGAUGGCGCUCCACUGAGCGAGCUCUCCUGGUCGUCCUCUCUGGCUGUGGUGGCCAUCUCCUUCUCGGGUCUCUUCACCUUCGUCUUCCUCAUGCUGGCGUGCCUCUGCUGCAAGAAGGGCAAGAUGGGGUUCAAGGAAUUCGAGAAUGUGGACUGUGACGAGUACCACGCAGACAUGUCCACCUUGGCCUCCACCGUCUCCCAGGGCACUCCGGACGUCUACGUCCUGCCGCUCACCGAGGUUUCCCUGCCGACCACCAAGCAGCCGGCCCGAUCUGCCCAGCUGCUGAAGUCCUCUGAACUGACUCGCCACAGUCUGCUCUACCUGAAGGAGAUCGGACAUGGAUGGUUCGGGAAGGUUCUGCUCGGGGAGGUGAACACGGGCCUGAACACCACCCAAGUGGUAGUGAAGGAGCUCAAAGUCAGCGCCAGCGUGCAGGACCAGAUGCAUUUCCUGGAGGAAGCUCAGCCUUACCGCACGCUCCAGCACCCGGCUCUGCUGCAGUGCCUGGCCCAGUGCACUGAAGUCACUCCCUACCUGCUGGUCAUGGAGUUCUGUCCACUGGGGGAUGUGAAGGGUUACCUCCGAAGCUGCAGGUCGAACGAGGCGAUCACCCCUGAGCCCCUGAUUCUGCAAAGGAUGGCCUGUGACAUUGCAUCAGGACUGCUGCACCUGCACAAACACAACUUCACCCACAGUGACCUGGCUCUGAGGAACUGCCUGCUGACCGCUGACAUCUCAGUGAAGAUCGGAGAUUACAGUCUGGCGCACACAAAGUAUAAGGAUGAUUUCUACGUGACCUCGGAUCAGACGUACGUGCCGCUGCGCUGGAUCGCUCCCGAGCUCGUGGACGAGGUUCAUGGAAACCUGCUGAUAGCCGAUCAGACCCAGCAAAGCAACAUCUGGUCUCUUGGUGUGACCAUCUGGGAGCUGUUUGAGCUGGGAAACCAGCCCUACAGACACUACUCUGACAGACAGGUCCUGACGUAUGCCGUAAGAGAGCAACAACUGCGACUUCCCAAGCCGCUGCUCAAAGUUCCCCUGGCUGAGCGCUGGUAUGAAGUGAUGCAAUUCUGCUGGCUCCAACCUGACCAGAGACCCAAUGCAGAGGAAGUCCACCUGUUGCUCAGCUAUCUGUGUGCAAAAGGGGCCAGCGAGGCUGAAGAGGACUUUGAGAGGCGCUGGAACUCGCUGCGUCCCAACGCUGGAUUCAACGGUCACCACACCGCCUCAACAAUAUCUAGAGACCAGCCCUCCUUAACCUCCUCUUCCUUCCCUUUACUGGAGCAGUUUUCAUCUGGUGAUUGCUACCAUUCAGAGUCUGGAGAUGACAUACUGACGGUCACAGAGACCAGCCACGGCCUGAACUUUGAGUACAAGUGGGAGCAAGCCAGAGCAGAUCCAUCCUACAUAUCCCAAGAGUCCUCAAGCACUUGUGCUCAGGCCAACCAUCACUGUCCAGAAGUGUUUUAUCCACCAGGGGGCAUUGUUGGAGGAUGUCCCAUGGAGAGCCUAAGCCACGGAGUUUCUCCUACCUACUAUCAACCAAAACACUUGCAUCCUCCCAGUGUGCUCCCCGUCCUCAGCGCCCAUAGCCCCUCAGUAAGCAGUGAAUAUUACAUCCGUAUUGAGGAGCCUGUGGACUGUAACAUGGAUCCAGGUUACAACCUGUGCUCCUACAGCCCAGACUACCAGGGCAGCAGUGGGAGCUUCCUGACUGGUAGUGCAGACUCUGGUGAAUGCAUGGCCUGCCCAUCACAGACCAAAACCAUGGGUCCCUAUUGGUCUGCUGACAUCCAUAAAUCUGAUCUGUAUGACUCCAAUGAUUCAAGUCCAGCCAUCUCCUUGACAAUGGAGCCUCUUUUAGGUCAGGUUUCAGACAGCAGCCCCCUUCGACCAUGGGAGUCAAGUCACUAUGUGUCCUACAAAGACAGAGAUGGGGGCUACUACUAUGAGCACUCCCCUCCUUUAGAAAUGGAUCCCUAUCUGAUUGGAAGUGAGCAUUCCAGUGAGCAUCUCCAAGAAAGCUGGGGGUCAAGAAGCCUUCGUCAGGCUUUAGGAGAACUGGAGAAUCCUCUGGGUAUAUCCCCAUCUGUGACCAGUCCACCUGAACAGGCCUACAGAGAGACAUACCUGGACACCAGCCAGACCUCUCUCUUAGGGAAGAACAUGACAGGGGGCUACUAUGACAUGAUGGGCUCUUUAAGGAAGACCAUGCCUAGUCACACGAGACACAACAGCCACUCGGUCAGCAUCAACAUGAAGACCGGAGGCGCGCUCUUCAUCGGACACAGAGACAGCGACACAGAAGAAGAAGAGGAGGACAUAUUUCUCGAGAGACACACCUGCAAUACGUGGCCUUCGAAACACAGGCACAGCAGCGGAGGACACCACAGGCGGGCGAGCCACAGCUGCAGACAGGAUUCUUACACCGACUUCAACUACACCAUGCCAAGUACGGACAUCGAAGACACCUGGCCGGACCAGCACAGCCUGGCUUUUCACUCUCUGCCCAAACCCAUCGACUAUUUAGAGCCCCACCAGGCCAAAGAUAACAGUGCCUGCCUCACCCUGAGUAAACAUCACACCAUGGUGCCCUCAGACAACUGCAAUGCCUACAUCUACCUGUGCCAUGAAGGGGACACUCAGGUGCCACCAUCUGGAGAGUGCUGCCACACCCAUUUUGUUGAUCCACUCACUGGUUUGUUAGUGAGAAACAACAACUACUGUCACAGCUACAGUCACAGCAACUACAUCACAGACAAGACCACCGAUAUUCUCAGCAGUGAGGAGAUGAUCAAUCUGUCACCGGCGCCAGGGGGUCCCAUUGUUUCCAAACACACCUUGAUAAAGGCUGAUGACUGUGAAGAGCACUAUAUUAAUCCUUCAUCUGAAGAAACGGCACUUACAGAGAAGCGAGAGGAAGUAAUCAAAGAAAAUCUGGUCAUGCAAAAACCACCAGAACCUAGAAAAGAAGAGGUGACUCUGACGAUGACUAAAAACACUCCACCGCCUCCUGACAACAGGCACGUGAUGGUUUCCAUCACAGAUCCCCAGUCGGAGCUGAGCCACACAGCCGACAGCGGCGUGGACCAGGCCGGCUCCACCGUAAGUCUCAUUGACAUCCUUGACUGCAGCGACGAGGAAGAAGACAUAACAGACGACAUCACUGACGUGACUUCAGGCAUCUUUGCCGAUGAGGGCAAUGAGCUGAAUGCGUCUCCUGCUUUCAAAUCUUUGCAGAAGCAGGUAGGAACUCCUGAUUCCAUGGACUCAAUGGAUCUGCCAUCUGCUGCUGGAUCUUGUGAAGGUCUCAGCCCUGCUUCUUCCCACCCUUCCAGCUCACCUAAAGCCAUGGACAGCGGAUAUGAUACAGAGAAUAACGAGAGUCCAGAGUUUGUCCCCAAAGAGUCCCAUGACACCCGAUCACAACCUCAGGGAAAGCCUACCCUGGAUGGCGGUCUAGAGGAAGUUCAGGAGAACCAUGAGGAAGAGGAUAAAGCAGAGGUUCAACCAUCAUUGGGUCAAGGUUCGAUUUUGGAAAGCUCACAGACAGAAGACCACAUUCUUUUACCACUGAGUGACAAGACUCCGUACAGAGACUCUGCCUACUUUUCAGAUUAUGAGAAUGAAAAGCAAAGUCGAGAUGAGGAGAGGGAACUCCAGCUGAAAGAAAUGGAUCAUCACAGUGAUGGAGAAAAACAGCAUGUCGGAGGAAAAAAGGCAGAGAAAAGAAAAAGUGAAGAGGAGGAAGAACUAAAAGAUGGUGUGGUGAACAAAGAUUUAAAACUUGAAGUGGACCACAAUCCAAAAGGCGGAGCAGAAUCUCUUCCUCCAGGGGCAAGCUUGAUGGAGAAUGAGGAACCUUUAGAUUCUGCCUUGAGAGCAGAGGCAAUGCUGGAUGAAUGGCCAUCUCAUGAAGAGAGUUCAGCCUUAGGGGACUGGGCAGCUGAGGUGGUCGGGGCCAUGGAGGAAGCGCUUGGUGCCCUCAAUGGAGACUCUGCUUCCAGCUUUAAGGAAGAGAAGGACAUGAAGGACAAAACGGAUUCUGUUGAGGCCGGCAAAGUCGAGGAAACGCCGAUGAAAACAAGUCACAAAAGGCCAUUGGGAAUGUCCGGAGAAAUCCUGCACGUCUUACCGAAAGACGAGGUAGCGCUGCAGCACACAGCCAACAGCAGGAGGUUCUCUUCUUCCUCACCAGUCUCUCCAUCCAGCCCACAACCUCCACUUGCUGCAACAGAGGGCCGAUCGUCUCUCGCUAACGGCGAGGAGGCCGACGAGGAGGACGCCGACACCGAUGACAGCGAUGAGUCGGAUGAGGAGCUGCGAAGCUACAGCAUGCAGGAGGAGGAGGAGAGUGAGGAAGAGUGCCACCCAGUGCCCAUAGUGGUGAGCGACAACAGCGAGGCUCACAAACUGCGGAGCCUCCUCAAGAUGCCGAGCCUGGCCGCAGAGAAUCCGGAGGAGGACCAUAAGAAGAAGACGGUGUCUUUCUUUGAUGACGUUACCGUCUAUCUGUUCGAUCAGGAGAGUCCAACUAAAGAGCUGGUUGAGCACGGCUUCCCAUUAGCAUCCGAGGGUUCGAGCUCUGGACGAAAACCCCAGCAAAGACUUAAUAUCUCAGAUGAUUCUUCAGAUGGGAACGUCUCGGAGGAGAGCGCAGGGUUUGAGUGGGAGGACGACUUUCCCCUCCUUCCUCUGCCUACAUCCUCGACAGCAGCCGACUCCCCUCCACCUCGCGCCGUUGCCAAGGCUCUGGAGCCCAAACCGGCCGUCCAGUUGUCCCGGUUCACCGUCUCCCCAUCCAACGUGUCUCGGUUCUCCAUCACUCACAUUUCCGACUCCGACAUGGACUCGGCAGGAGGAAGCAGUGAAGAUGGAGAUAAGGAAUAAAAAGCGGUGGAUCUUCACUGCCUCUGUGACAACAGCUGGACCUAUUUUAGCAUGACUUCAGAUUUUUUUAUCAUUAUUAUUAUUAUUAUUAUUAUUGUAAUGUCAGGUUUUCCAAACACAAGACAGUGCCUCUUACCGCCUGCGGACACUUCAAAUCUAAAGCCCUCUCACCAACAUGUAACCCGAGAGUAGUUUAGAAUACUGAAAAGACAACGAAUAUUACACUUUGUGAAGGACAUAUGAAAGAUGAACUAGGGCUAUUAAGGAGCCCUGUAUAUUUUUGGAUCAAAGGCAUAAAAGGACACAUUUGCCACCUUUUUAAUUUUUUUCAUUCAUGACAACGUGGAGCCGAUCUUCACUGAAACGGGACGAAAACGAAACUGCUGCCAGAUUGUUGCCCAGUAAAAAUCACAUCCACUUUGUGGCUUUUCAACAACGGACGAGCACCUUGAACAAGACUGAGCAGCUUAAGACUUUCUACUGUUUAGCAACUGUUUUACUUGUACUAAUAAACAUCACGAACGCUUGAGGCAUCGCAAGUAAUAUAAUGUUAAUACUUGGUUUCAUUCAGAGAGAACGGACACUGUGGUGUGACAGGAAACGAAGCUGUCUGGUCAUAGACUGAACCGUCUGUCUGCUAUGAACUAGUGUUUGAGACUUUUCUGUUUUACAAAUAUAACGUCCUCGCCACCAAACCGAGUCUAUGACAUCCAAAAGCUGGAAGUAAGAGGUAACUCAAUUACUUUUCUUUAAGAGUUUGUAGUUUCAAUAACCUAAAAACCACUAAGAAUGAUUCAGGACAAAGAGAAACAGACACUAGUUAUACCCAACAUCAGGAGCUUUUCGUGUUUGUAUAUUUUCUGCCUAAGCUGAGAAUCGAUUCGCCUGCAAGACGGGUUUUAUUCUGGUUAAUCUGAACACAUGAAGGUUCUUCAUCACAUUGAUGCAAAGAUCUUGUAACUCCAGAGCAGAUGGGAAGCUCUAAUGUUCACUGAUCCACAGUCCAGGUUGGCACAGCAGCACCAAGCAGAGCUGCGGUGACGCGUUUCUGGAACUUUGUGAUUCGCUACGUCAAGAACAACAACUUCAGCUCUGUGAAAGCCAGAGUUAUGACCACAACUAUAUCAUUGGGAUCAACUUUAAAAAGAUUUGUUUUGAUUUUCCUAGAUUACAUCUUUCAUCUUAAAACUUCAGAUCACCUCAGAAUCAGUUGUGCUCCUUAUAACCCAUCCAUCCAUUUUUAACCUCUUAUCAGAGACCUUCAGACCUCCCCAGCUUUUUCUUUCAAGAACUUUAAGACGUUUCCUAACGCAGCUGAGAGUGUUGAGGUCCAGCCGGUCUUUGGCCUGCACUUCUACUAGUGGGACAGAUCCUUAAUGGACCCCAAAAGCUUUCCUCUUUCUGCCUGGAUGAGGUCAGUCACUCUGCAUGAGGAGUUAAUUACAUGUGGACUUGUUCUUUUGGUCAUCACCCAAAGCUCAUUAACAUAACUGGGGGUUAUUUGAACCUUUUAGACCAGUCUUCAUCACCACAGACGUUGCACUAAUGCAUCUGUUAACGUCUGGCUUCAUUCUACACAACUUUAUCACCAAUUCAGUUUCAACUGAGACAGUUUCUCAAAUUCAGUUGUAAAGCACAUUUCAGCAGCUGGAAACCUUUGCAAGUGAAAGGUUUCCAGGUAUGUUCUCAGUCACAAAUGUAAUUCACCAAAAACAUCAUUACUAUCCUACAGCUGGCUU